ACGCUCCGGUCCCCAGCAUGGCGGCCACGUGGCCGGCUGCUCCGGGGGCCGUGGCCGCUCAGCUCCUCGGUGUCCUGUGGUUCGUGUCAGUCACCACGGGACCUUGGGGAGCUGCUGCCAUCGCCGCCGCCGGUGGCGAGGAGACGCUUAAGUGCGAGGACCUCAAACUGGGACAAUAUAUUUGUAAAGAUCCAAAAAUAAAUGAUGCUACACAAGAACCAGUUAACUGUACAAACUACACAGCUCAUGUUCCUUGUUUUCCGGCACCCAGCAUAACUUGUAAGGAUUUUGGUGGCAAUGAACACUUUGCUGGAAAUGAAGUUGGUUUUCUCAAGCCUAUAUCUUGCCAAAAUGUAAAUGGCUAUUCAUACAAAGUGGCAGUUGCGCUGUCUCUUUUCCUUGGAUGGUUGGGAGCAGAUCGAUUUUACCUUGGAUACCCUGCCUUGGGUUUGUUAAAGUUUUGCACUGUAGGGUUUUGUGGAAUUGGGAGCCUAACUGAUUUCAUUCUUAUUUCAGUGCAGAUCGUUGGACCUUCAGAUGGAAGUAGUUACAUUAUAGAUUAUCAUGGAACCAGACUUACAAGACUGAGUAUUACUAAUGAGACAUUUAGAAAAACAGUUAUAUCCAUAAAUAUUUUUAAAAAGAAACAGAUUUGGGCUUCCUUGAUUUCAAUAGAGCACUUUCAGUAUGUGGAUUUCCAGAUUAUCCUUUUUCUUCAUAUACCACUUUAUGGAUUCUUUAUAACUUUUUGUUGGUAUUUUUUGUUUUGUUGUUUUACUUAAAAGCAUAUUAUUCUGUGAUUUAUUUAAUUGGACUUUCUUUGAGAGCUGUGUGAUAAUUGAGUCUUAGGCUACUGUCUCCAUGAGAUAGAUAGCUUAUUACCCCAAUAUUUUUUAAUGCCUUUUCCAAAGGCAAGUUGCGACUUGUCAUUUUCGCUUCUGAAAAAUAAAAGAAUGACUUAUUCACACAAAAAAA